UAACUCCAUACUAACCGUAGUCACAUUGGUUUGACUUUCUUGUGGGAAUGGCUCACUGGGUGCAUUGAAAACGAUGAUAAAGUCCAUUUCUGAGUCACAGCGUGGAAUACAGCACUGACUCCAUGAUGCUUUUAAGGAAUAUUUCUCGUUGUUUACUUCGCAGAUUGCACCCACAGUUUAGCGCGACACCUGUUCGACAUCACAACAUUGAUGGCAACGUCAACGCUACAGCAACCACAGUCACCAUCCUCAGCAAGGAAGACGACACAGUAACAUUUAUAGAUGCCUACAGCUCUGUUGGAUUCAAACUCAACAAUGGUUUCCGGAUAUUUGGGCCAUGUGCUGUGUUUCCGCGAUCAGUUCUUCAUUGGAAUGUGAGCGGCCCGGAGGACAUCAGCGUGGAUUCUCUUUCACUUUUCACCAUCUUGGAACCGAAGAUAGACAUCUUGGUUCUUGGCAUCGGGGACAAAGGUGCAAAGUAUGACACAAGUAUCAUCAAGUAUCUCCGUAGCAACAAGAUCAACGUGGAAGUCCUGCCCACGGACCAGGCGUGUUCGACCUUCAAUUUCCUCAACUCUGAGCGGAGGUACGUGGCCGGCGCUUUGAUUCCUCCCACAUACAUUCACAUGCAGCACGACGAGGAUGCACUGGUCCGCACACAGCUGGAGAGACGAGGUUUGUACGAGAUGGAGUUCAACCGUACCCCUGACACCCCGGGGGAGUUCGAGGACGAGGUCAAGGACAUCAAACAGAGGGUGUCCAAAUAUGUCUCCAGAGAUGAGGAUGACCCCUCCAAGAGAAAGUAAUCUUUAUAACUUCCAUGGAGAAUCGAGUUUACUCAGGAAGAACUUUACAAGCUGUGAAAAAAAGACAUUUGUGUUACAAGGUAAUGUCCUUCAGAGGAAUCAGGUUUGUUCCUGGUUGAUUUACAGACUCUAAGGGGAAUACAGACCAGAAUUGGUGUCCUGUGAAGGAUUAAUGUUUUUGCCACUUCAUUGAUAGACAGUCACAUCCCCUGCUGUUGGUUGAAGGAACUAUUUUGUUUCUUGGCAAGAAACAUUGUUAAGAAACUUAAGUUGUUUGUACUAGACAGUGUUGUAUAGUGGAGAAAUAAACCAAGACUGACUCUGAAUACCAAAAA